GCUCGUUCAUCAUCGUGCACGAAGUACCACGUACUGUACAUCUCGAGUGGCCGUGACUGCCUUCCGCUUCCGCGUAACCCGUGGUCCGGGGUCAGUGUUCCGCGCUGAGCCAUCCGUCAGCCGCGGAGCCCGUCCGCGGAUUCAGUCAUCCCGUCUUCUUGCGCGACCGCUGUCUGUCCGUCGGAGAGCCCAUCCAUCACCCAGCGGGGGGGGCGAGCCAAUGGCGGAACUGUCCGCCCGUCCCGGCGUUGUGCACGGCGAUGGCAUCUUGAGCGGUUGGCAUGAAUAACGGCCAAAACCUCCAAACACAACUCACGCCAGAGAAACCAGGGAAGAUACGAGCCAUCAGGCAAGCCAACUCGAACAAUAUUCCGGUGCUGCUGCAACCUCGCUUUGAAGUCAGGUAUUCGUCCUGCAAACCCUUGCGCGUACAACACCCAGCGACAACAAGAACAAGGAUCCGACGAUACCCAGGUUCACGUUCACCACAGGCAUCAUUCCCGUGCGCAAUUCGUGCCCGCAAUCAUCAUCACAAUGGAUCCAGCAGCGAUAGCCCCCGCGCAGGCCGGCGGCGCGGCACCCGCCCCCAAGUUGAAUGGCCAGCCCUUGCGACCGAAGGAAUAUUUCGACCAGCGAGCGACUGUGGAAAUGGAGCAACACCUUCAUAUCCCAAAACGCACCCUGCAAGAAACACUGGCUUGCGCAUGCAGGGUGAUCGCAUCGAAGCAGGAGGAUGCUGGUCUUGCGGGCCAGAUCUCAGCCCGCUCAGAGCGCGGCGAGGGCUUCUACUGGACCCUGCGCUAUGGACUUGGCUGGGACGAGGCCACGCCCGAGGACUUCAUCGAGGUGGACGGAGACCUCAACACCAUCACGGGAGUCGGCAUGCCUAACCCGGCGACCCGAUUUCACCUGUGGGUGUACGCCGCUCGACCCGACGUUCACAGCAUCGUCCAUGUCCAUUCUCCAUGGACACAGGCGCUGGUCGCGGCUCGACAACCGCUCGUGGUCGCCCAGAUGGACAUGACCCCCUUCUAUAACGAUUGCGCCUUCCUUGAAAAGUGGCCGGGCGUUCCCAUCGCCGACCAAGAGGGCGUCAUCAUCACGGAGGCAAUCGGCGACAAGCGUUGCAUUCUUCUGGCCCACCACGGCAUGCUGACCACUGGCAAGUCCGUCCAGGAGGCCGCGUACCUCUGUGUGAAGCUGGAGCGCGCAGCACGGAUCCAGGUCAGAGCUGCCGCGUUUGGACCUCUGAAGGAGGUAGACGGUGAACUUGCGGCAGAAGCAGGAGCCUAUCUUCGGCGGGAUAAGAUUGUCCAUGCAACGUUUGAGUAUUGGUAUCGUCAGACCAAAGGCUUCAAGCCUCUGUCUAUUUAGAGCAUAUGACGUCUUUAAUU